UUUUUUUUUUUUUUUUUUUUUUUAACGGAAUCAUAUUUGAGAUGGCUGCGCCAAAACCCACUCCGAGAUUUAUCAGUAAAGAACGAGGGAAAAUCACGGGUUUACCAUUAUAUUGUGAUGGCUUUGUGUUGAAAAAACAUACAGGAGAAAAGGAUUUCAAGAGAUAUUUUGCAGAGCUCAGAGGGUCCACAAUUUUCCUGUAUUCAGAUGAGAAAAACGCCACGUAUACUGAAAAGCUUGAGUUACAGAACCUGAAGUCACUGGAUACUUGGAAUCUGAAAGAGAAGUGUAUCUCUGCAGAGUUUACUCUUACACUGCUGAAUGAGGAAGUUCGACUGAAGAUUGAAAAUCCUGAUUCUGGAGAGGAAUGGAAAGGGUUUAUUCUUACAGUGGCUAAGCUGGAAAUUCCUAGCAAGCUUCAGCUGCUUCCUGGACAACUGUUAAGACUGAAGGAAGUGUUGAAAGAAGAAAAGGAACGACAAGCAAGACAGCCCGUGCCUGUAAAAGAGCAAGGACCGACUGAGGCUUCUGAUGAUGCAGUAACAAAUGUUCCGCAGUGUUUCUACUCCGUAUCUCGAAACAAAGCCAUGGAAAUGCUGGCAGAAUGCCCAGAGUUUGGAAACAUGAUCUUAAGACCAGGCAGUGAAAAGAUGAGUUUUGCAGUAACAGUCAGGCAGCUGCUCAAAGAUGGACCAUCGAUAAAGCAUUACAAAGUGAUGUGUGUAGAGAACGGCUUUUCCAUAGCGCUUGAUACUCCUGUCACUGUUUGCAGCCUCUGUGACGUUACUGAUCAUUUUGUAAAAGAGACUAAUGGAGAUCUCAGACCUUACAUCCAGCCACACACUUAUGCAACCAGAAUUGACCAGCCAGUUUUGGUCAAUGAAAGAAAACAUCAGCAGAAGAGGCAAAUCCCCCAGGCAGUAGUGGCUCCAAUGAUCCAAAACCCAACUCCUCAACCAACUCCAAGCCAAAGCUCUGAUCACGAAUAUCUUGAAGUUAACUACAUCAAUGUAGAUGGUAAACCAGCAAACCUGUUGCAAGCUACAGUAACUCAUAAUAUUGAAAUCUCCUUAAGGGACACAUCUAGUUAAUUUUAGUCGAAAAUGAACUGGAAUAAUUUGAUGAGUUUUAUAUCCACUGUAGCUAGUGAGUUUUAAUCUGAUGAUUUAAGCAUCCA